AUGAGGCAGGAUAAUUUCUACAAACAUCUCAAAAGGUUGGCCAAAAUUCAUAACUAUCCCUCUUCAGAUGUUCUAUUCCUAAAGGUAGUAGGACCUAAAAAUUGUAUAAGGCGCAACCAUACACAGAAUCGAGAAGUCACACCCGGCCGCCAUCAAGCGAAAUUUGUCAAAUUAGGGUUACGAUCGAAAAACUCCGCCGCCCCCAACGACCUUAGAUGCCGGAAAUUUUUGAAGGAGAAGGCCCGUAGCCAAUUGGUGGCUCGGCUCGCGAGGUCGAAAUACCGUGGAUUGGAGGCGGAUCUCAGUUUUGUUGCUCGUUGUAAGAUGGCGAUGACCAUUGAAUGUUCGGUUCCAGCAUUAAUGAAUUUUUUUUGUCUGGGAGCAUGA